AUGUUGGACAAGGCAUGGGUGCAUCUAUGCAGAGCUGAUCCUGGUUAUAAAAGUGGAGCUUGGAAAUUUGUAAGGGAUGUGUCUGCGGCUUUAGGUGACAUAGAAAUGAUAAUAUGUCCUUGUAAAGACUGUCGUAAUGUAGUACGACAGUUAAACAGUGUUGUGGUUGAGCAUCUUGUAAUAAGAGGGAUGGAUGAGGCAUACAAGGUGCAUAGUGAUUGGUAUCAUCAUGGAGAUGUGAAGUCAGUAGAUGAAUUUCAAAGUAAACCAACUCAGUGGAAUGAGGAAGUUUUUGAGUUAUAUAAAGCUGCUGAAUUUUUUGAUCAAGAGUUGGCUUUUAGAGGUGACUUAGCUGACCAACCUGUGGGCGACUUAAGUGAGAUUGCAGAGGGUGAGGACCAACAAGAGGAUGAGUUCCUUGCAAAGAUCCGGGAUGCUGAAACCCCACUAUACCCUAGCUGUUCAAACCACAGCAAGUUAUCGGCUAUUGUGACUUUGUUUAGGAUUAAGACACAUAAUGGCUGGUCGGAUAAGAGCUUCAAUGAACUGCUUCAGACAUUGCCAAGCAUGUUGCCAGAUGGUAAUGUCUUUCACACAUCAUUGUAUGAUGUCAAGAAAUUUUUAAAGAGCUUUCAUAUGGGAUAUGAAAAGAUCGACGCAUGUGUUAAUGAUUGCUGCCUCUUCAGAAAGAAGUUAAAGAAGCUUGAUAAAUGUCCCAAAUGUAAUGCUUCACGGUGGAAGACUAAUAAGCGGACUAAUGAGGUAAAGAAAGGUGUCCCACAGAAAGUAUUAAGAUAUUUUCCAAUUAUACCAAGGCUGAAGAGAAUGUUCAGAUCAGAGGACAUGGCUAAGGACUUACGGUGGCAUUACACUAACAAGAGCACUGAUGGAAAACUUCGACAUCCAGUAGAUUCUGUUACAUGGGCUCAGAUGAAUGAGAAGUAUCCUUCAUUUGCAGCUGAAGAAAGGAACAUACGGCUUGGGCUGUCCACAGAUGGAUUUAAUCCAUUCAACAUGAAGAAUAGUAAUUAUAGUAGCUGGCCUGUGCUAUUGGUAAACUACAAUUUGCCUCCUCACCUUUGUAUGAAGAAGGAGAAUAUAAUGUUGACAUUAUUGAUUCCUGGUCCACAACAACCAGGUAAUAAUAUUGAUGUCUACCUAGAACCUCUUAUUGAGGAUUUGAAUCAUCUGUGGAAGAAUGGAGAGCUAACGUAUGAUGCUUUUAGUAAAAGUACAUUUACUCUAAAGGCAAUGCUUCUCUGGACCAUUAGUGAUUUUCCUGCGUAUGGAAAUCUUGCUGGUUGUAAAGUAAAAGGUAAAAUGGGAUGUCCUAUGUGUGGGAAAAAUACUGAUAGUAUGUGGUUGAAGUUUAGCAGGAAACAUGUCUACAUGUGUCAUAGAAAAGGUUUGGCUCCAACACACAGAUAUAGGGAAAAGAAGACUUGGUUUGAUGGAAAAGUUGAGCAUAGGAGAAAGUCAAGAAUUUUAACUGGUCAUGAAGUUCAUCAGAAUCUGAAAAACUUCCAAAAUGAUUUCGGAAAUGUGAAAAAGGCUGGGAUGAAGAGAAAGAGAACUGUCUAUAAAGAACCAGUGUUUGACAGUGAUGAUGAUGAAAGUGAAUCCGAUGAAGAUGAGGAAGUAGAAGUAGAUGAAGAUGAGUUAUCAAGGUGGAAGAAAAGAUCCAUUUUAUUUACUCUGCCUUAUUGGGAGGAUCUACCAGUACGGCAUAAUUUGGAUGUAAUGCACAUAGAAAAGAAUGUGACUCACAGCAUUGUAUCCACAUUGUUGCAUUGUGGAAAAUCUAAGGAUGGUCUUAAUGCUCGUAAGGAUCUUCAACAUCUUGGUCUAAGAAAAGAGUUGCAUCCUACCACAAAAGGAAAGAGAACAUAUCUUCCAGCAGCACCUUGGUCUUUGUCCAAGAAUGAGAAGAAGAUUUUUUGCAAACGACUAUUUCAUUUUAAAGGUCCAGAUGGAUACUGUUCUAAUAUUUCAAGAGGAGUUUCAGUAGAAGAGUGUAAGGUAGGAGGUCUGAAAUCACAUGAUUAUCAUGUCUUGAUGCAACAGCUUCUCCCGGUUGCACUUAGAGGAUUGUUACCAAAAGGUCCUAGAACAGCAAUACUACGGCUAUGCGCAUUCUUCAAUCAUUUGUGUCAGAGAGUUAUUGAUAUUGAGGUUAUUACAGUAUUGGAAGCUGAAAUUGUAGAAACGCUUUGUAUGUUUGAAAGGAAGAGAAGCUAG